AUGGGAAAUUGUUUGAAAGAAUAUAAUUAUCGUUCAUCUCUCUCUGAUUGUUCAAGAAAAGAAAUAUUUGAGCAAGAACCUAAUAAUUAAAAAGCAUAUCGUAAAAGAGCAAAAUCAAGAUUGUUAAGUUAAGUUUAGAGCAUUAUUAUAAAAGAAGACCCAGAAACAGAAUAAGAUCAAAAUUCAUCUUUUGAGCUGAAUUCAUAAUUUUAGAUUGAACAUAGUGCAACAAUUAAGUUUACAAGGUUGCCAUAAGGUCUAAAGAUGGAAAAGCAUCAUUAAAUAAAAUUAUAUAAUUUACAUACUUAAAGAUACUUGCAUUCUCAUGCUAUCAAACAUGAACAUAAUAAAUCAAAUGAAGUUAGUACCUGUAACAAUUGUAAUUAUGAAUAUGAUUGGUGGUAAAUUAUUUGGAUUAACAAUAAAACUUAUAUUUAUCAUCCUAUUACUCAAACUUAUUUAAAAUGCUUACAAACUAUAAAUGACAUGGGAGAAGUUGGUUGUUUACAAAAUGAUAUGGAUGAAUGGGAAAUCAUUGCAGAUGAUGAAGAAAUUAAAUAAUAUUCAAUAAUAAGUAUUUAUACUUUUUAUAUAUUAGAACUUAAACACUUAUGUACUGGACUUUAUUUGCAUACUUAACCGUAUUAAAGUAAGAUUGAAAAUUAACAUAUUGUAUCUGUCUGUAAACCAGAUGUUGCAAACGCUUUAUGGAGAAUUACAGAUAUGCAAUGA